AUGGCACAUCAGAAAGUGGAUUCCAAAUUGAAGGAUAUUUCUCCGAGUAUUGGUGCCAAUAUGAUCACAGGAGCCACUGACCUUAUUGAAAUCAAUAGCUUCUUUUAUGUCAGGAUUGUUAGGGCCAGAUAUUUGUUUGUGCGUAAUGGCCCCAAUCAUUGUGACCCUUAUGUGGAGGUGAGAGUUGGGAGGUUUCAGGGUACAACCCCCUGCAUCAGGAGCAGCAUAGACCCAGUGUGGAACCAUGUCUUUGCCCUUGAGAUAGGUCAAACUCAAAUUCACGAGACAAUUCUUGAGAUUUUCGUGAAGAACAAUAUUCCUACCUAUGAUGAAUACAUAGGUCGGAUUUCGUUUGAUAUUUCUGAUAUUCCAAUACGGCCUCCGAGUGAUUGUGCACUACAAUCGCAGUGGUAUGAGAUAGAGGAUCUAAGGGGGAAACAGUUCAGGGGAGAGCUUAUGCUAUCUUGUUGGAAAGGAACUCAGGCUGAUGAGGGAUUUUAUGGAGCUUGGCAUUUACAGACUGAUGCAGCAUCAAUUGGUGUUUACAAUAUUGAUAAUACUCGUUCACGGAUGUAUAUUAUGCCUAAGAUUUGGUGUCUCAGAGUUAAUUUGAUUCAAGCACAUGGCCUCCUACUUGAAGAUGAAUCUGAAAAAUCCUCAAUUUUCAUUCGGGCUACCUUGGGGAAUUUGACCUUCACAAGCAAGUUGGUGGAGAACAAUAAUGGAAACCCAAAAUGGAAUGAGCAAUUGUUAAUUGCCGUGGCAGAGCCAUUUGAUAAUCAACGGUUGUUUUUUAGCGUGGAAAAAGGAACAUUAACAAGUCACAAAAGUUUGGGGACGUGUGUAUUUCUUGUCGAGAAUGCAGACAAGGUUUCACCUAUAUCUGUUCGAACUAUUGUUGUCGAACAGAAUGGGGGGUUUGCUGGUAAGAUUAGUAUGAUGUUCUAUUUGGAUGGUGGUUAUCAUAUAUUUGAUGAUGACCCACACUACAGCACUGAUCUAAAUCCACCAGACAAGAAAUUGAGGAAACCCCCCAUUGGGGUUUUUGAGAUGGGGAUACUGAAUGCUAGAGGGCUUCCAGCCAUAAAAGCAAGGGGUCGUACUGAUGCAUAUUGUGUGGCUAAAUAUGGCCCAAAAUGGAUUCGGACAAGAACAGUUGUCAAUAGUCUUUCUCCGAACUGGAAUGAGCAGUGCGCUUUUGAUGUCUACGAUCCAUGCACAUUCAUCACAAUUUCUGUGUUUGAUAACGGUCUACUGUACGAGGGAGAUAUAGCUUCAGGAGCAAAAGAUACAGGAAUAGGGAAGGUGAGAAUCCGUCUAUCUGACAUGGAAACCAAUAAAAUUUAUUCUUAUUCUUAUCCACUUUUUGAACUUCAACCUUGCGGGCUGAUAAAGAUGGGACAAAUUCAACUGGCUUUCAAGUUUUGUUGCCUAAGUAAGCUUAAUCUCUAUUUCAUGUACGCAUUGACCAAGCUUCCUAAACAACAUUAUGCUAAACCAUUGUCUCCGACUCAAUUACAUGGGUUAAGGAAACAAUCUGUUAUGUUUGUCUCAUCGAAGUUGAGUAAGAGUGAACCGCCGAUGAGAAGAGAGGUUGUUGAGUAUGUGCUGGAUUCUCGCGAAAUCAUGUGGAGCAUGCGAAGAGCUAGAGCUGAUUUUGAAAGGAUUAACAUUUUGGUGAGUGGGUUGGUAGCCUUAUACACUAGAUUUGAUGAGAUAUGCAAGUGGGAGAAUCCUAAUGUAACAGUUAUGGUAAUUGUAGUGGUUAUAGUGGUUCCAGUGGUUCUGGAUAUUUGUUCCCCUCUACCACAGCAUCUCUUUUGGCAUUUUAUCUUGUGUAUUUAUUGGGGCUGGAAAUAUGCAAAUAGGCCAAAAAAACUGGCUCAUGUAAAUUUGGAAUUGUCUAAUGUUCACACAGCAAGUGUAGAUGAACUGGAAGAAGAGUUUGAUCCAAUUCCAACAAGAUUCGGAGACAACGUUAUAAGGAGGAAUAGAUAUGAUCGAUUAAGAAUUGUCGCAGGGAAAUAUGCAGCACUGAUGGGGGACUUUGCUACUAUUGGAGAGAAACUACAAUAUCCUUUGAGCUGGCAGGAUCCAACCGUUACAAUGCUUGUGAUGAUUGCUUGUUUGAUUGUUGGGUUUCUGAUCUUACGGUUUUCACCUUCGUGGAGCUUUCCAUUUCCGCUGCGUUAUUUUGUUAUACUUGUUUCGGAUUCUUAUGUGGAUGGUAUGUGA